AUGCAACAGGGAGAUUACAGUUCGUACUAUCACCACCAGCAGUACCCUCAAUAUCAAAACCCUACACCGAUCCCCAAUCCCAAUCCUUCUCCGCCAACACCAACCGUCGCUGGUCCGACCGAUCUUUCUCGGAACACAUACGCAUCGGCACCACCGUUCACCGGCGGUUACGGAACCACCGAUUACUCUAAUUAUUCCCAGAAUUAUCCUCCGUACGGGCAAAACACUGAGCAUGUCCCUCCUUCAGCUCCUUCCUUCACUCCCGCGGCACAACAGCCUCCUCCUUCUCCUCCAGCGACGUCUUUAAACCCUAAUUCUUAUUCAACUUUCAACCAACAACAACCGCCCCCGAUUCAUCCUUCUGCAUCCUCUUACGGAUCCUUUGACUCCACUGCUCCGUAUCAGCAAUCCACUACGCAACCGAUGUAUUACUCACCGUAUGAUCAGCAUCAGACCUCUGGCUAUUCUCCUGCACCUCAUCCUCCUCCUUCUGCGGCUGCAUCGAAUCCUAAUCCUGUUCAUACUCCGCCUUACUCAUCUUCCUUGUACUCGGCAUCUUCCAUGCCUCCUCCUUCGUAUGAAAGACCAUACGACAAGCCGGUGAAAUUAGAUCAACCUGCGUUUGGCGAUUACAGCCGUAGCAGAUCGGAUUUAGGCUCAGAUCUAUACGGUAAACGAUCUGAGAGCGGCGGAGGAGGAUAUCCAGCUUAUGAAGAUUCCUAUGGAGAUGGUGUCUAUGCUUAUGAAGGAGGCAAAGUUGAGCCUUACGGGUCUCGUGGAACUGCACCGAAAUCAUCCAAUUCGACUUUGUUCGAUGAUUAUGGACGAUCCAUUAGCUUUUCUUCGGGUAGAGAUUCUUCUUCUGCUAGCUCGAAUUCUGCCAAGAUCGUGAGAGCUGUUCCCAAGGCUGAUGUUAAGGAAGAUGCCAAUGGUGGUGUGCAGAAAUUCCGUGUCAAAUUGUUAGCUGAGACCUACGGACAAACCACAACAGAUGUUCUUUGCCAGAUUGGUUUGGAUGGUCUACGUAUGCUUGAUCCCAGUACUAGCCGGACUUUGAGAAUAUAUCCUCUUGAGAACAUCACAAGAUGCGAAAAACUAGAUUCUUCCAUUCUGGCUUUUUGGUCUAAGACUCCGGUAGACAUUGAAGCUAGACGUAUCAGACUGCAAUCAAAUAGUUACACCACCAACACCCUUCUGGACACGGUGACAGCUGCAAUGUUUCAGGCCAAGGAGAUUGGGGGAAGUAGCAGGCCUCCUGCCUCUGCAAAACUAGUUGAACAAUCUGCUGAGAAGAAGAAAGGAUUGGGUGAUUGGAUGAACAUUAUCAAGCCUGUAAAUGAGGAGAAAGAUCAUUGGGUCCCUGAUGAAGCUGUUUCGAAGUGCACAUCAUGUGGGUCAGAUUUUGGUGCAUUUAUGCGAAGGCAUCACUGCAGGAACUGUGGUGACGUCUUCUGUGACAAAUGUACUCAAGGUAGGAUUGCUCUCACUGCAGAGGAGAAUGCAACCCAAGUCCGUGUCUGCGACCGGUGCAUGGCAGAAGUGUCACAAAGGUUGAGUAAUGCCAAGGAAUCCGCUAGCAGGAACGUGAGUGUGCAGAGCCAUGAAGACCUCGCUAGGAAGUUACAGGAGGAAAUGGAGAAGAACCGCAAGUCUUCAUCAGGUUCAAGGGAAGGAUCUGGGAGGCGGAUGAAGGAAGUAGCUUGUCCAACAUGUACAGUUCACUUGCAGGUUCAGGUUCCAAUCUCAGGAUCAGAGACCAUCGAGUGCGGGGUUUGCCAAAACCCUUUCCUUGUUAGCGCACAUUGA